UGAGGUCAGGCGGAGGCACUGCCGCUGCGGCCGCAGCAGCUCCUCUCCCAUUCCCGGGAAGCCUGGAACGGGGACUUUUGAAAAUAACUGGAGCGGCGUUUGGGUUAGGGUCUGUGCUUUCCUCCUGCUUGAGGACAGGGUGAAGUGGCCUGGGCGAACAGGGGUGCAGAGGUACGGGUGCUGGUGCCUCGCAGCAGGAGCGAGCCUUGAUUGCGCUGCGCUACUCCCUCUUCGGCCCUCGGAGCGCAGCAGCUGGCGGACGAGCGGCUGGGGCGCAGGGACGAGGCAAACAAGGAGACGGAGGCAAUUGUCUUUAAAACAAGCCGAUUUCAAGGAUAUAUUCAAAAAAUCAACUUCAGGAUCUCUUGUGGAAGAGGAAGACCAACACAUGAAAUUAUCCCUUGGAAGCAGCGAAAUGGGCCUUUCUUCCCAUUUACAGUCUUCCAAGGCAGGAACCACUCGCAUCUUUACCAGCAAUACCCACAGUUCUGUGGUGUUACAGGGAUUUGACCAGCUUCGACUUGAAGGAUUGCUUUGUGAUGUGACCCUGAUGCCAGGUGAUACAGAUGAUGCUUUCCCUGUGCAUAGAGUCAUGAUGGCAUCUGCUAGUGACUACUUCAAGGCUAUGUUCACAGGUGGAAUGAAAGAACAAGAUUUAAUGUGCAUUAAGCUUCAUGGUGUGAGCAAAGUUGGUCUAAGGAAAAUUAUUGAUUUCAUUUAUACUGCAAAGCUUUCUCUUAAUAUGGACAACCUUCAAGACACACUGGAAGCUGCCAGCUUUCUACAAAUUCUGCCAGUUUUGGACUUCUGUAAAGUAUUUCUCAUAUCUGGGGUCACGUUAGACAAUUGUGUCGAAGUUGGGCGGAUUGCCAACACCUACAAUCUGACCGAAGUGGAUAAAUACGUUAACAGUUUUGUCUUAAAGAAUUUUCCUGCAUUGUUGAGCACCGGAGAGUUCUUGAAACUCCCUUUCGAGCGUCUUGCCUUUGUGCUUUCCAGUAAUAGCCUUAAGCAUUGCACUGAACUUGAGCUCUUUAAGGCUACCUGUCGCUGGCUUCGCCUGGAAGAGCCUCGGAUGGACUUUGCUGCAAAAUUAAUGAAGAACAUACGAUUUCCACUGAUGACACCACAGGAGCUCAUUAAUUACGUGCAAACAGUGGAUUUCAUGAGAACUGACAAUACUUGCGUGAAUUUGCUUUUGGAAGCCAGCAAUUACCAAAUGAUGCCAUACAUGCAGCCAGUUAUGCAGUCAGACAGGACUGCCAUUCGGUCUGACACCACUCAUUUGGUUACCCUAGGAGGUGUGCUGAGACAGCAGCUGGUUGUCAGUAAGGAACUGCGCAUGUAUGAUGAGAAGGCCCAUGAGUGGAAGUCCCUAGCCCCCAUGGAUGCCCCAAGGUACCAGCAUGGCAUUGCCGUCAUUGGAAAUUUCCUCUAUGUCGUUGGUGGACAGAGUAAUUAUGACACAAAAGGAAAAACAGCAGUCGAUACAGUGUUCAGAUUUGAUCCUCGAUACAAUAAAUGGAUGCAAGUUGCAUCUUUAAAUGAAAAGCGCACCUUCUUCCACCUAAGUGCCCUCAAAGGAUAUCUGUAUGCGGUCGGUGGGCGAAAUGCAGCUGGGGAACUACCUACGGUAGAAUGUUAUAAUCCAAGAACAAAUGAAUGGACUUAUGUUGCCAAAAUGAGUGAGCCUCACUAUGGACAUGCUGGAACUGUGUAUGGAGGAGUGAUGUAUAUUUCAGGAGGAAUUACUCAUGACACUUUCCAAAAGGAGCUCAUGUGCUUUGACCCUGAUACUGACAAAUGGAUCCAGAAGGCACCAAUGACCACUGUCCGAGGUCUGCAUUGCAUGUGUACAGUGGGAGAAAGGCUCUAUGUCAUUGGCGGCAAUCAUUUCAGAGGAACCAGUGAUUAUGAUGAUGUCCUAAGCUGUGAAUACUAUUCACCUAUCCUUGACCAGUGGACCCCAAUUGCUGCCAUGUUAAGAGGGCAGAGUGAUGUUGGGGUUGCUGUCUUUGAAAACAAAAUCUAUGUAGUUGGUGGGUAUUCUUGGAAUAAUCGUUGUAUGGUAGAGAUAGUGCAGAAAUAUGAUCCAGACAAAGAUGAAUGGCAUAAAGUUUUUGAUCUCCCAGAAUCCCUUGGUGGUAUUCGAGCUUGUACACUCACAGUUUUUCCACCUGAAGAAACCACACCAUCACCUUCUAGAGAGUCCCCUCUUUCUGCACCUUAAGAUCAUCCCUACAACUAAGAUGCUGUAGUCCUAUCUUUGCAAUGUGUCAUGAUUCUCUUCUUUUUCUCCCCUUAAGUAGUAUAUCUGUUAGGAUUAGCCUCCAGUAAUUGAUACUGAUAUUGGAAAAAAGACAACAUUGAUGUUAUUUGUGCUGUUCGUUUGGCCUAGAAUGUUUAUAAAGUGGUAACAAAACCAUCCUGGAAAUGUAUCCCAUAGAAGCUGUUUAACAUAUGAAAAAAAGUAUUGUCUAUGAACUGUUUCUUCAGUACUUUUUAAUGCUGUGUACUGGGUGUAAGGUAUUUGUCAUCUUACAUUAUAAGCCAAUUUGAAGGUGGAUUAUAGUAAAUGUACAACUGUGCUUACUAGGCUUCAAAGUAAAAAGUUUUCCUUUCAUCUUUGACUGUAAGAUGUCAAAGGGAGGCAGCCUGCUCUAGCAGGAAACAAUACACAAAAGGUUGCCAACUCGCAUGAGCUACCUCCCUCUUUUCAUGAAGUAUUUUUGAUGUAUCUGUCAACCCACCUGACUGUGUGGGUGCAUUGAGAACAUAUAAAGUUUCUUAGACACACAGGAGAAAUAACUGAAAUUCACCAAUGUUAACUUUAAAAAAGCAUGACCCCUCUACUUAUAAAAAAAGGUUUGGGGUUUUUAAAGUGUGCGCAAAUGCAUACACACAUACUUGGAUAGGGAUUUCUAAACAUUGAGUGUCACAUCAAAUAAAUAUGAAAUUUUAAAAAAUCUUUUAAAAGCAGCUUCCAUUAAAAUGGGAAUUCAGUGUGCACAUACUGAAUACACAUGUGUAGAACCAUAGGUGGAUAAGGGCUAGAAAUUUUGAGCAACUAAAGUUGUCACUUGACCCAAUUUUAUCUUAAAAAUUGUAUUCUCCUCCUUCUCCUUUGCUGUUGAGGUAACUUACAUAUUCUGUGUAUUCUGUAUACUCUCAAUUCAUAAGGUUAUUUAGCACAAAGUAUAGCAGCUUCACCUGGAGAGCUGCUUUUGCUCAAAGAAUUCAACUUCCAUGUUUUAUCUUUUUUCUGUUCAAUAAAAACAUUUAAUGUCA